AUGCCCUCGAUGCUUGCUGCUGUCGCCCUCGCGGCUACGGCCGUGCUGCCCGCUGCUGUUUCUGCGCAGUUCGUGACUGCUCCGACGAACUUGACGCUCAAGAAGGGCGCUGCUGGCGUCAAUGUGCGGUAUAAGGAAGUUCCCACGGGCAUUUGCGAGACGGAUCCCAAUGUCAAGAGUCUUUCGGGUUAUGCGGACGUGGCUGAGGACCAGCACAUUUUCUGGUGGUUCUUCGAGGCGCGCAAUCAAGACCCGACGACUGCUCCCUUGACCGUGUGGAUCAACGGAGGUCCUGGAAGCUCGUCCAUGAUUGGUCUUUUCCAGGAGCUUGGCCCCUGCGGUGUUGAUAUUGACGGCAAUGUCUACAACAACCCGUACUCGUGGAGCAAUGUCAGCAACAUGCUCUUCAUCGACCAGCCCACGCAGGUCGGCUUCUCCUACUCGAUCCCCGUGUCGGCGUACACGUCCGAGCAAGGCGACAUCAUCACGCUGCCGAACGCCACAUGCCCCGACUACGCCUCGGACUGCGGCACGUACUCGUACCCGAACCUGACCCUGACGGCCAACUCGACCGACAACGCAGCGCCCAACUUCUGGAAGACGCUGCAAGGCUUCAUGGGCGCCUUCCCGGAGUACUCUCAAAACGGCUUCCACUUCACGACCGAGAGCUACGGUGGCCACUACGCGCCCGUCUUCAGCGAGUACAUCGAGCAGCAAAACAGCAAGAACAUCACCGACGCCAUUCAGAUUGACCUGCAAUCCGUGCUCAUAGGCAACGGCUGGUUCGACCCCCUCACCCAAUACCAAGCUUACUACAACUUCUCCAUCUCCCCCGGCCACACGUACGACUACCAGCCCUUCAACUCGACCAUCGCCGACAUGUGGUACAACAACCUCUACGGCGAGGGCAACUGCUACGACCAGACCGUCGCGUGCUACACCUCCGGCCUGAACGAGGUCUGCAGCGCCGCCGACAACUUCUGUUACCAGGAAGUCGAGAACCUGUACGACAUCUACGCCGGCCGCGACGAAUACGACUUCCGCGAGCUGACCCCGGACCCUUUCCCUUACUCCUUCUACGUCGACUACCUCAACUCCCCCGCCGUCCAGCAGGCCAUCGGCGCGUACGUCAACUUCUCCGAAUCCAACAACGCCGUCAGCACCGCCUUCGGGUCGACGGGCGACGAUGAUAGGCGGAUGAACACGAUCGAAGACGUCCGCGCGCUGCUCGCUCGCAACGUCAGCGUCACGCUGUACUUCGGCGACGCCGACUACAACUGCAACUGGCUCGGCGGCCAGGCGGUUGCCGACAUCAUCGCCGCGGAGGACUACGAUACCGCCGGUUUCGUCGACAUCGAGACGAGUGAUGGUGUUGCCCACGGGCAGGUGCGGCAGGCGGCGAAGUUUGCGUUCGUGCGCAUCUACGAGAGCGGGCACGAGGUGCCGUUCUACCAGCCGCUGGCCUCGCUCGAGAUGUUCGAGCGCGCGUUAAAGGGCGUGGACCUCGCGACGGGGAAGGAGGUGGUUGGCGCGGGGUAUGUGACGGUGGGGACGCCGACCAGUGAGUAUAGGGAGGGGAACGCGACGGUGCAGAUGGAGGUGUUGCCGAGUGAUGCGACGUAUAAUACUACGCUGAAUGCGCCGGAUCCGGUGGAUGGGACGGGGGCGGUGCAGAAGAGGUUGCUGAGGAGGGGAGGGAAGAGGUUGUUUAAGCCGAGGUUUUAUUGA